AUCAACAGAAUUAUUCACGAGAGUGGCUUCACAAAUGAAGACUUCAAACAGUAUCGGCCUGUCGUGUACAGCAACACGAUCCAAUCGCUAGUCGCCAUAUUACGUGCUAUGCCAAACUUGGGCAUCACCUAUGGAAAUAAGGACCGCGAGAGCGACGGCAAGAUGGUGUUCGACGUGAUCCAACGGAUGGAGGACACGGAGCCGUUCAGCGAGGAGCUGCUGGCCGCCAUGAAGAGGCUUUGGUCGGACGCCGGCGUGCAGGAGUGCUUCGGCCGCUCGAACGAGUACCAGCUAAACGAUUCCGCCAAAUAUUUCUUGGACGAUCUGGACCGGUUAGGCGCCAGAGAUUACCAACCCACCGAGCAAGACAUCCUUAGGACCAGAGUCAAAACUACCGGCAUCGUCGAAGUGCAUUUCUCCUUCAAAAACCUCAAUUUCAAAUUGUUCGAUGUGGGCGGUCAGCGGUCGGAGCGGAAGAAGUGGAUCCACUGCUUUGAAGAUGUGACCGCGAUCAUAUUCUGCGUUGCCAUGUCCGAGUACGACCAGGUGCUGCACGAAGACGAGACAACGAACCGCAUGCAGGAGAGCUUGAAGCUCUUCGACUCGAUCUGCAACAACAAGUGGUUCACGGACACCAGCAUCAUCCUGUUCUUGAACAAGAAGGAUCUGUUCGAGGAGAAGAUCCGCCGGUCGCCGCUCACCAUCUGCUUCCCGGAGUACACCGGUGCACAAGAGUACGGCGAGGCGGCCGCGUACAUCCAGGCGCAGUUCGAGGCGAAGAACAAGUCGACCACGAAGGAGAUCUACUGCCACAUGACGUGCGCCACCGACACCAACAACAUCCAGUUCGUGUUCGACGCCGUCACUGACGUCAUCAUCGCCAACAACCUGCGCGGCUGCGGCCUCUACUAGACGCGCUACACUCUACACUAGUGGGAAUGGACCAUAGACAAGAACGAUUUUUUUUUCCCAGCCCGGAUACCAGCCUCUUUAACUAUAUUUUUUCCGCCCGGAUACGAGCCCUUUUGAUUGGAUUGGUACAAGUUUUAUCGUUUCAAGAAACCCGUUCGACGGCUAUGUAAAUUCUCACUAGGCGCAGUCCACUAUUGUAUAAUGAUAAUGUCCAAUUUUAAUCAUUUGUGUCGACGAUGUGAUGUUUCGUUUGAUUCAGUUGCUAUUUGGACAUGAUUCAGAGUACGUAGUGUUUCGCUCCGAUGUAUAAGACGGAUGGGGGAGCAUUUAUUUAUAACGCCGUUAGUGCGGCGGCGGGUGCGUACCUGUGCGUACCUGAGCGUACCUGAGCGUACCUGUGCGUAUGCGUAUGCGGGUGCAGCCCGCCGCGGCGGGACGGCCACAGUAUGUUUAAGCUUUGAAACCGACGCACGUCGCUUGCGGCAUGUCCGCCCGCGCUGCAGCGUGCGACUAGAUCCGAAUCGGUCCCCACUCUCUGUAACAUACGCCAUUUAGUUCGUUCGUCGUUGCCCGGACCCGUGACCCGUGACCCGUGACCCGUGAACAGUUAGCGGUUGCGUGUUAGAUGUCUAGUGUUCGAUUCUAAAGUUUGGUGCUAGAUGCGUCGACGGAUUCGGUUGUGUUCGAGGUCUAGUCGCCGCGCAGCCGCGGGCCGCGAGCAGUUCCGUGUACGGCCGCUUAUAUACUCACUCUCUUACGGACCAAUACCAGAUGGAACCAAUAUUUAGCGCCGACAAGUAGUGAUGCACGACAGGCCUACUUAACUGUUACAAAUAUCAUUCCAUUAAGAAUUUAACUUGGUCACGACGAGAUGAUUUAUUUUUUUAUGAACUUUUCGAUGCACAACUGUAGCCGCGGCGGUUGUAGGGACGUUUCAUUUUUGCAUUUGUAGCGUUGUCGCGACGCCUAUCUUAGUAUUUAUUUAAGUUAAGUCAUGUUAGCACAAAAUGUUUAUUCCUAUAAGAGCAUUAAUCGUUUAUUCAAUAUACAAUGUUUUAAUAAUUCUUUUUUUUUUGUGUUCAUAUUUUUUCUAUAUCACUUUACAAUAACCAUAAGGUGUAGCCGUUUAAGAUCUACUCUUUGUAAUCAAUUAUAAAAUCGUUUUAGGUAUUUAUUUCGUGUAGCGUAUUUAUAAAUCGUACGUAUAUGAUGUAACAGACGUUUUUAAUUUUAUCGAUAAGUGUAAUCAACAUUUAUGGUCUUGUUAGUCGGAGAUUAUCAUUAUAAAUAAAUGUGGCGAAUGGCAGUUGUAUAGUUAGAUGUGACAUGCGUGAGCUGUGAGCAGUGAGCUGUGAGCAGUGAGCUGUGAGCAGUGAACUGUGAGCUGUGAGCACUCAAAGCUGGAGCAGCUCCGAGCUGCACACAACACCGACUCGGUUCUGUUCGCACUGUGUAAGAUAUGUGAGUAUAUAACCUUGUAUACACUCGCGAAUUGGCGUUAGCUCCAUUAUACAUAUAUAUACUAUAUAACAUAAUUUAUUAUUAAUAAUAAAAUAAAAAAAAUCUUACUUUUAAGCAUUAGUACAGUAACUGUAUCAAUAAACAUUAAUUAAUAAUGCAAUUAGAAGGUAACCUUUACUAUCGUCAUAGUUAGGUCAUUUUCAUUUUAUGUUUAUUGAGUAUGUAAAAAGUGAUUACUUAAAUGAAAAUGUAACGCCUCCGUGCGACCGCGCGGGCCACUCCGCUCGCCGGAGCUCUCAGAACCAAAGAUUUUAUCGUUAAAUACUUUAAGAACUUAUCAAUGUAUCUUAUAAUUAUCACUCGAAAUCGACGUAACUACUAUUUUUCGUAGAUCCCACUUACUGAUAAUUAAUUUGUUGAAGGAAAUUCGGGAGUGGCCCGCGAUCCGAGCGUUCGCUCGCUUGUUGCUAGGUAGGUUUUUUACUGUUAUGUAACAAUAUGUGUAUGUAAAACAAAACUAAUAAUUAUAAUUAGCGCAGUUAUACAUUUGAUCCGAAAUGUACGUAUAAGCUUCAUUAAAUUAAAGGCGGUCGGUGGCGAUGUCGCACGGCCCGUCUGAAUAUCUUCAUGUCUUUUAAUGUGUUCCUCCGCUUAUCAUAUUGUAUGCUUUAAAUUUCGAGUGAAUGUGAUGUAAAUUUUGUACACUGCCGCCGAUGUCGGUUCGCUCGGUCAGUUUUUUAGUUCGUAAGACUCUGUCGGACGCGCACACCGCGAAACGCAACAACGGAUCCAUGUCCCGACACGGCACUCCCAUAUCAAAGUCCACUAAGCUCAAAUUAACCAGAUACGCGCUUAAAUCUUCUCAUUCGAAGACUGAAAUGUUGCCGCUCAAGAGUUCCAACGCUUUACUUAGGUUCGACGUACAGACGGACGGACAUGUGUGUGCAUAGGUUUGCUCGGUGUAGAUGUAUUUUAAUAUUACAGCAUCGAAACCACGAACUCGCGACAUUCGGUAAUUUAAGUCUCGACGAUCAUCACAUUGCUUGUUCAUAUUUGCCAAAGUUUCAGCUCACGUCAUUACCUGUAAUUCCUUAAUGUUUUAAUUACGUGUGACAAUCGACGAGGCGCUCGAUGUCGAAUACUAUAAUCUUAUUAUCGGUACUGAUCAGAGUACAAUGUGGAAAUCUUUAGAAUUGAUGAACAUUAACUUCUAGCGCAUACGGGAGCCGCUGGGUGUCGAACGACGACACGUGUGUUAGCGCAUUGACUAAUUGAAUGUCUCUGUAUGAGCACUUCGCGUGUUCGUAUCCGAGAUACACUGUACUACCAUUGAUAAAGCGCCUGGCGGUUCAGUAAAUUGAACAAAUGUUUAAGGAAAUAAAGUUUUUAGUCACUAGUG